AUGCGUUCGCAUCGACUCCACCAGUCGAUACACCACACUUUUGGCUCACUUUUCAGCCAACCAACAAUUUACAACAGAACCUCUGCAGAAAAUUUCACUCGAUUGCUCUUUUUGAUUGCACCAUGGCGGAGUCUUUUGGCACUUGGAUUGGACAGCAAGUCCCUGGAACGAAAAAGGUGGCGAUUGUGCCAUUCCCGGACGAGCAUCGCAUUGAGUAUCGCUAUUUUGGGUGGAGAUGGAGAAGUUCUUGACACCGACCACGAACGUUUCGACUCUCAAGCGGAGUAUGAAGAAGGCUUGAUUCGCUUCCAGGUCCAAGGCAACUUCACGUCGGACGAAGAUGCUGCACGAGCUCGCACUGCUGCCCGCAGAGAAAUCAUUCAAGUCUUCGAGGAAGAGAUGGAGGAAGAGAUGCGCGAAAUCUGGGAACGUGACUUCUUCCCUCGUUCGGAAUUUCCCCGCGCGCCGCAAGAGGUUCUUGAUCAGUGCAACAAAAGGUCCAAGACUUUGGCAAGGCCCUUGCGGUCCCUAUGGUGA